AUGAAUGUACUUCCGGAAAACCAAAGAUCUGAUAUUAAAAAUUCACCAUCUACUUCAACAAUUGAGUCAUCUCAACUUACAGAUAAAUUAACAACGGAAGAUGAGUGCCAACUGUUGAUGAAAUUGUCUGGAGAUUGUAAAAAUUCUAUGUUACCAAUCGAGAAUUAUAAAGAAAAAUUGUCAUCACCACGAAGAAAGGAUUUGACGAUGAAUCAAUUAUUACAAAUUCCAUCAUUUUCAGGUGAAAAUAGUGACGAUUCAGGACUUUGGCUUGAUCAAAUUCUUGCAUUUAUUGAACAACAAAAUGUAAAUACAAGUGAACAACGUGAUUUAGCAGCAGGAAAAUUAAUUGGUGAAGCAUUAUUAUGGUAUCGAAUAAAUCGUUUACAAAUACCAGAUAUGCAAACUUUUAUUCAUAAAUUCUUACUUAUGUAUCGUUCAACACCAACAUUAACUGUUACCAUUAAUGCAAUGCCGAAAGAUAUAGAUCACGUUCAUAGAACAUCUGAACCAACAUCGGUACGUACACAUAUUGAAGAGGUGAAGGAAGAUUCAUCAAAAUCAUGGCGUACAGAAAAGGGUAAUUCCGAAUCAUCAUUACGACGUGAAUCACCAUCACAAGUAUUGCAAGCAGCCAAAAAUGAAAAAGUUAAAUUAAUAUCACAUUUUACAGGAUCAGAAAAUUCAGUACACUGGUUAAAAAAUGUAGAACAAACAUCGAAAGCACUUGGAUUAGAUGAUCAACAAAUGCUUGAAUUAGCAACAAUUAAAUUAAAUGGUCCAGCUCAAGAAUGGUAUUAUCAUCAGAAUGACUUGAUUUCUAACUGGACAUUGUUUAAACAAGUUUUCUUACAUGCAUUUCCACCGCCGAUUCAACCAACUAACAUUGAUUGUUUAGCUGCAUUGUUAUCACGUAAACAAGGUGAAAUGGAACCAGUGGGAAAGUUUGUACAAGAUAUUAAUCGGCUUUGUCUGAAACUUGAUAGUCAAAUUAGUGAACAUGACAAACUGGAAUAUCUUCGCCGUGGUCUUCGUCCGAAGCUUCAGCAUUAUGCAUUAUCGAUAUCAUCAUUACAAGAGUUUUUAACCAUAAUGCAGCAUCACGAACAAAUAGCGCAAGAAAAAGUAAUAAAUUAUCAAACUUCUAGUGCAUUUAGAUCAUCACCACCAAACACUUCACCUAAACAUCAAGGAGCAGUUAAUUCAUCAUCGUAUAGAAAUUAUGGAUCAGAUCAACAGCAACCAAAUUCAUUUGUUCGUCAGCAGCCUAAUUCUAAUUAUCAAUCGAAUCAUCGCUCGACAAAUUAUGAAUCACCUAAUUAUUACGCGCGUCAAAAUUCAAAUGGUUGGACAUCGACACAACAACAACAACAACAAGCAAAUAGUUAUCGAAUAUGUAAUCAAUCGAAUAAAACAUCAAUCGAUAUAAUUGGAUAUGUAACAUUGGAAAUAAAAAUUCAACAUAUCAGAACAAAUGUAAUAGCAGCGAUUACAAAAACAUUAUGCUGUGAUCUUAUAUUAGGAGAAGAUUGGAUAAAAUAUUAUCAAGUUAACAUAAAUCGUUUUAGAGAUAGAAUUGAAAUUCUAGGAAAUAAAGCUGCAGUGUCUCUCCGAAAAUCGUUCAAUAAGCAGUUAAUUCCUGUUAAACUUCAACAUUCGAUGUCUAUUCCACCUCAUACUGAACGAAUAGUAGAUGCUUUUGUUGCCAUAUUAACAUCACCAAAAGUAUUUUUUUCACCUGAUUUACAGAUGCAAAGAACAAAGAAAAUUGUAGUGACUCAAGUAUUUAGUUCAGUACAAAAUCAUCUAACAAAAUUGAUGAUUAAUAAUACGAAUGAUUUUCCAGUAUAUUUAUCAAGUAAUAUAAGUUUAGGAUUCAUAACGGUGAUAGCACAUGAUAAUAAAGCUGUUAAUGAACUUGAAAUGUUGUACAAAAAUAAAAGAAAUAAUUUCGUUAACCAACUGUUUUCAUCAACAUUUAAUGACUCAAAGGAGAAAAAUUCUCAGGUUGAUCAUGAUGAUCAAUAUCGUAAAAAUUAUAAAUUAGUAGCAAACAGGCCCUUACAGGGAAAAACACAGGAUAUCAUUAAACGGAAUAAUUUAACACAGUGUACAUCAACCGUUAACGUUGAUGUGGAAAAAACUCUUGAUCAAGCGGUAAAACAUAUUAUAAAUUUACAAGAACAAAAUGAAACACGAAAGAUUAUUCAAAGAUAUCGGAAUAUUUUUGAUACAUCAUCAUCAACAAUAGCUCUGACAACGAUUCAUCACACAAUACCAACAGCUGACCAUCCGCCAAUAAAUUCGGUUCCAUACAGGGGAUCAUUGCAACAACAGGAAGCUCUAAGAAAAUUAGUUAAGAAAAUGGAACGAUCAAAAUUGAUUCGACCAUCAGCUUCUCCUUGGUCUUCUCCCGUUUUACUCAUAAAAAAGAAGGAUGGAGACUAUAGGUUGGUGGUGGACUAUAGAAAGCUUAAUUCUAUAACCACUAAAGAUUCAUUUCCAAUCCCAACCAUUGAAGCAACUUUACAACAACUAGCGGGAAAUGCAUAUUUUUCAAAGCUUGAUCUACGAUCGGGUUACUUUCAAAUACCAAUUAAUGAAAAUGAUAAACCCAAGACAGCUUUUAUAACAACAGCUGGUCUUUGGGAAUUUAAUGUUUUACCAAUGGGUUUAACAAAUGCUCCUCCAAUCUUUCAGAGAAUCAUGUAUAAUUUGAUUGCAAAUGGUCGAGAACAAUAUUGUUUGGUUUAUCUUGAUGACAUAAUUAUUUUUAGUAAAACUUUUGAAGAUCAUUUGAAACAUCUUGAUGAAAUUCUUAAUGUAUUGAAUAAUCAUCGAUUUCAACUAAAUCCUAUUAAAUGUUCGAUAAUAAAAAAUAAAAUUGAUUAUUUAGGACAUUCAAUUGAUGAAUAUGGAAUUACUCCAUUGCAUGAUAAUAUAAAAGCUAUUCGUGAAUUACAGUUACCUGAUUAUCCGACAUUAAAGCAAGCAAAUGAAUUCAUCGGUGGAAUAGGUUUUUACAGGAAGUUUAUUAGGAAUUUUUCAAAGAUAGCUGGUUCAAUACAUCAUGUCACAAAUUUAACCAAGAACAAAAAACAUAAAUUUAUAUGGGGCGAUGAACAAAGACAAGCAGUUCAACAGCUGAAGAUGAUUAUUACUGGUCCAGAAUUAGUAUUAGAAUUUCCAGAUCCAGAUUUACCAUUUACAUUGUCUACUGAUGCUUCACAACUUGGUCUUGGGGCUGUCCUUAAACAAAUGACUCGAGAUGGAAAGUUAAAAAUUAUUUAUUAUUUAUCACGGGUAUUAUCGAAAAGUGAAUCCAGGUAUUCUACUACAGAAUUAGAAGCGUUGGCAAUGGUAUGGGCUGUUGUUAAAUUACGAUCAUAUUUACUUGGGAGAGAUUUUACAGUGGAAACUGAUCAUUGUCCUUUAUGUCAAUUCCACAAAAAGAAAUCACGUAACGGACGUCUUGACCGAUGGUCAAUUGAUAUUUUAUCCGAAUACAAUAUUACGGAAAUUAAAUAUAAGAAAGGAAAAUGCCAUUGUGAUGCGGAUUUACUGUCGCGUUAUCCAUUACGCAUGGAGGAAAAUUCAUUGAAAAGUAUUAGUCUAAUCCGAAAGCAAGAAGAAGGAUAUUUAUUUCCUCAUGCAGAUGAAUUAGAUGAUGGUGAACCAGAACUUCAACCAAUAGCAACAAUUAAUAUUAUUACUCGUUCUAGGAAUUAUAAUCAAGCAACAACAUCGGAUGAACAAACAAAAAAUACAUCGGAUAAUUCUUCACCAAAGUCAAUGACAACGAAGAUUGAUAAUACUCGAUUAGGAGUAGUUACGAGUGAUAAUCCAACAUCAUCAUCGACAAACAAGUUAUGUAAAGUUCUUCCAGUAUACAGUGGAUUUAGUAUGACGGAACUAAAAGAAGAACAAAUAAAAGAUGUGGAUAUUCAAAAAAAAAUAACAACCUUAGUUAUUAAUGAUACUUAUGAAAUAAUUGAUAGCGUCAUAUAUAAAUUAGUUGUACGUGGUACAACAAAAAUGAAACUUCCUUGGAUUCCAAAAUCAAUGAUAAAUCAAGUAAUGUUUCUUUAUCACGACCAUCAUACAGCUGCACAUCUCGGAAGUAAUAAAACGUCACAUAAAUUGAUCAACAAAUAUUAUUGGCCGAAUAUGCACGUAACAAUUAAUGAUUAUAUUAAAGCUUGCGGGAAGUGUACACGAUAUAAUUAUAUACGAACAAAACGACCUGGGAAAAUGAAUAUUAUUCCAACACCAGAUGAAGUAAUGGGUUUAGUAGGUAUGGACUACUGGGGUCCAACUAAUUAUCCUACAGCACGAGGUAAUCGAUAUGUUAUCACGUUGACUGAUUAUCUAUCGAAAUUUGCAUUUGCGAGAGCAGUUAAAACCAAUUCAGCUCAAGAAGCAGCUGAUUUCUUUCUAGAUGUAUGCUAUCAUUAUGGUGCGCCAUCAAAAUUAAUUACGGAUCAAGGAUCUCAUUUUGUUGCUGAAUUAACACGAACAAUAAUUGAAUCAUGUAAUACAACUCAUAUUCUAGCGACUCCAUAUCAUCCAACAUCCAAUGCACAAACCGAGAGGUUUAAUGCUACAUUUGCUCCAGCAUUAUCUAAAUUAACUUCGGAUCAAACAUUGGAUUGGGAUGAAUUUUUACAACCUGUGAUCUAUGCUUACAAUACCAGUCGGCAUACAACCACAUCAUUAACACCUUUUCAAAUCAUGUUCACCAGAGAAAAUCAAUUGAUUAUGGAUCCAAAACAAGUGAAGAUAUCUCUUAUGAAACCAAACGAAUAUUGUGAAAAGGCGAAACAAUCACGAGUAUUAAUUCUUAACCAUGUUAAGUUGAAUAUCAAACAUCAACAUCAACUAGCCAAGACUCGAUAUGAUAAAAAUCGACCGGACCCAAAAUAUGUUAAGGGUGAUUUAGUUCUGGUACGAGUUAUCAACAGAACAUCGAAAUUUCAAGAAAAAUUCGAAGGUCCUUAUCGAGUUAUUAAUCAAAUAGGUCCUGCAACAUUUAUUGUUAAGAUCGAAAAUCCCGAUAGUGAUGAAAAUACAAACUAUACAAAGCAAGUAACGACAGCUGAUAUAAAGCACAUAUUUAGUUUUGAAGUAGUUUAA